UAUAGAAAAGAUCUGGAGCAGAGAAGAAAACAAAGAUUUCUUGGAACACAAGGACGUGCUGCUUAACUACAUGGAGGUUCUUGGAUAUAUAACCAAGCCAAGGCAUCAGACUGAAGAAACAAACAGCUCAGCAGACUUGGAGGCUGCAGAGUAUUAUUUUGUCCCGUGUAAACUAAAGGAGCCCGCUCAAAGAGAAGUUACAGCUAGCACCGAUUCACGCCAUUGCAAAUCUACUAGUAAACUCUGUUUCACUACAUCCGAAGAAAAGGACGAGAGAUUUAUUCCUAAGACAGCAUUUAACCGCUUUUUUGCAAACUGUCUAAAUAAAUGGCCCCUGUCAAUACAGAAAGGAAAAUCCAUGAUUUUCUGCGGCGGUGCAGUAUUUUGUCUGGAAGAGAAUCAUUUCCUUUAUAUAUUCUUGUACGAGCACGUGAUUCAGAUGUGGAUAUCAAGACUAAGUAUAGACGGUCAAAGUCCAAAGCACUCAGUCUGUCUUAAAACAAAAGACUGUGUUACGAGCAUGCUUGAAGAAAAUGUCAAAAUCAACAGCCACUUCGUGCUGUUUGUGAAGUGUCCUGAAGCUUCACUGAAUAAUGACGAAACGAUGAUGUUGCUUGAAGGAGAAACCGAUAUCCAUCAAGACCCGAUUCCAUGUUAUUGCCAAGGCAAAGAACACUUGAUAGUAUAUGAAGACUUGAUCAAAUACUGGUCUGAUGAAACCACUGUGCUAGAAAUGAAACUUGGAUCGGAAUUCAGUUUUGAAAGAAUCCCAACCGAGAAAGAGUUCAGUCACAUUGCAAAAGAAAUUGGUUAUGAAUUUAAACAACUGGGAUUCGAACUGCAUUUUUCACAAGCUGAAAUCGACCAAAUAUGCAUAGAUAAUGAAAUUGCUGUUGACAGAACAAGAACAUUACUGCUGAAAUGGAGGACCCGUGCGGCGGACAAUGCAACGUUUGGUGAGCUAGGGGCUGCAAUGCACAGAGUCGGUUUAGACGUUGCAAAGGCUUUUAAAACGAUUUAAAAGAAUGACUUGAAGAUAUUGAUAUCUCAACCCAUUGAUGAAAUGAUUUAUCCAAUAAUGGGGGUCAUUACAUUUGUUCAUUCGUCACAACUUAGUGAAUGUUGCAUUGUUAUUAACAUCCAUUAUCAGAAGACCUACUUCUUAACGUUUGCCAGUUCGGCAUGGUUUUAUUACAUAGUUUGUCGUGUUGAAUCUCAACCUUGUUUAAAUGAUAAACAAGCAUAUGCAGAUGCAAAUAGAAUAUAUCGGACUUUGAUAUCCGGCCCUUAUUCGUCAACGUUUAAAGUCUGAAAUUUAGACUGUAAGAAUACAUUUUGCUCUGGGACUGUCAAAUAUUCAUACAUUGUAAAAGAACUUUGCAAGAAUUUUUUUUCCUGCAGUUAAUUUUCAGUAAUAUGAAUACUAUACACAGGCUUUACGUGCCCUGGUUUAUUUGUAAUGGCUUCAGAUUUCGAUUUAUAAGUACACAAAGUGGGCUUUAGCAGGUGAAUUCUUGAAUGAUAGAAACCUUGUUUCAUUACCAAUCAUACGCAAAUUAAAUUCGAGCAACGCAUUUUAUGCUUGAAACAUGGCCAGCGUACAAAAGUUAUUACACUAGUUUAGUACCAAAAAUUGUAGUGGCUUUAUUUACUCCCACGAUACCAAAGCAUGUUAUAAAGAAUGCAUUUUUCAUACUUUGAUGAUCAAACAGGCUGAAGGAAGGGACAUACGUAAUUUAGUACAAUUUUGAUGGAGUAGCUUUAAUACAUUUGCUUUUUAGCUCACCUGAGCACAAAGUGCUCAGGGUGAGGUAUUGUGAUCGCUCACCGUCCGGCGUCCGUCCGUCCGUCCGUCUGUCCGUCCGUCCGUCGUCCGUCCACACUUUCCUUUAAACAACAUCUCCUCCUAAACCAACAGGCCAAUUUUGAUGAAACUUCACAGGGAUGUUCCUUGGAUGGCCCCCUUUCAAAAUUGUUCAAAGAAUUGAAUUCCAUGCAGAACACUGGUUGCCAUGGCAACCGAAAGGAAAAACUUUAAAAAUCUUCUUCUCAAAAAUCAGAAGCCCUAGAGCUAAGAUAUUUGGUGUGAAGCAUUGCCUAGUGGACCUCUACCAAGUUUGUUCAAAUCAUGACCCCGGGAUCAAAAUUGACCCCACCCCAGGGGUCACUUGAUUUUACAUAAGAAAAUCUUAAAAAAUCUUCUUCUCAAAAACCAGAAGCCUUAGAGCUUAGAUAUUUGACAUGUAGCAUUGCCUAGUGGACCUCUACUAAAAUUGUUCAAAUCAUGACCCCGGGGCCAAAAUUGACCCCGCCCCAGGGGUCACUUGAUUUUACAAAGGAAAAUCUUCAAAAAAUUUCUAAAAAUAAACCAGAAGGCCUAGAGCUUAGAUAUUUCACAUGUAACAUUGCCUAGUGGACCUCUACAAAAUUUGUUCAAAUCAUGGCCCCCGGGUUCAAAAUUGACCCCGCCACAGGGGUCACUUGAUUUUACAUAGGAAAAUAUUUAAAAAAUCUUCUUCUCAAAAACCAGAAGCCUAGAGCUUAGAUAUUUGACAUGUAGCAUUGCCUAGUGGACCUCUACUAAAGUUGUUCAAAUUAUGACCCGGGGGUCAAAAUUGACCCCGCCCUAGGGGUCACUUGACUUUACAUAGGAAAAUUUUCAAAAGUUUUCUAAAAAUAAACCAGAAGGCCUAGAGCUUAGAUAUUUCACAUGUAGCAUUACCUAGUGGACCUCUACAAAAUUAGUUCAUAUCAUGACCCCCUGGGUCAAAAUUGACCCCGCCACAGGGGUCACUUGAUUUUACAUAGGAAAAUCUUCAAAAUUUUUCUAAAAAUAAACUAGAAGGCCUAGAGACUAGAUAUUUGACAUGUAGCAUUGCCUAGUGGACCUCUACAAAAUUUGUUCAAACAUUGUCCCCCGGGGUCAAAAUUGACUCCGCCCUAGGGGUCACUUGAUUUUACAUAGGAAAAUCUUAAAACAAAAUUCUGAAAAUAAACCAGAAGGCCUAGAUCUUAGAUAUUUGACAUGUAGCAUUGCCUAUUAGACUUUUACAAAGUUUAUUCAAAUCAUGGCCCCUGGGGUCAAAUUGACCCUGCCCCAUGGGGUUACUUGAUUGUAAAUAGAAAAAUCUUCAAAAUUUUCUAAAAAUAAACCAGAAGAGCUUAGAUAUUUGACAUGUAGCAUUGCCUAGUGGACCUCUACAAAAAGUUUUCAGAUCUUGUUUUUAAAGUUACUUAAAGAAAAUUUCAACUAUAUUUUCUCAUAAUUCUUUUGAUUGAUUUCUAUUUUGAUCUUUUGACCUUGAAGACUUGUCCUUAAGUGCAAUGAUAACAGGUGAGCGAUAUAGGGCCAUCAUGGCCCUCUUGUUUGAUGAUAGAGAAUCUAACCAUGAAUACCCUGUAUCUUUAAUGAGAAGUUCGUCAUUAAUUUUACGUAAUACUUAAGCUGCAUUCAAGCACUUAUAUCUAAGAACUAUAUAUACCAUUAUGUUUUACUAAUGCAUAGACGUUUGCUGUUUUCUUAGUAUAGAUUAUUAGAUUUGUAUCUAGAAAUAAGUACGAGGUCUGCAGCAGAAAUAUUACGCGGCUUUAGGGACGCAGUAUUCUUCCGCGAAUGAACGAGUGCAUGUAAAGUAAUAAUCUUAUCACACAGCUUUACACUAUUUUAUUAAUUAAAUAUAUGUAUUUUUGUAUCUGAGACAAAGGGAAAUACCGUCGCUGAUGAACUUCAUAAUACGAUGACCAGAUGAAACACGCGCCAUAAGUGACGUCACACAUCCGAAAUUUGAACGCCGUUAAAACAUUGACCUGUGCGGUUUCAUUUUAUCUUAAUCAAUUUAAAACAUGAGUAUAUAUAUAUAACAAUACACGGUACAUAUCUAAAUAAUCAUAUUCUUCUGUGUUAAACGGUGUACAUGGUAUCAGUUUGAACUGCAUUAGAAUGAGAAGUAGAUUAUAUCAACAAACAAAGCGACUGAUUCAUGCCAUUGCAAAGGGGUUUUACCGUUAUAUGACCCUUUGUUAUUUUCUAUUUAAGAUAUCAUUUACAGAGAAUGUAUAUUGUAAUAUACUGAAUAUCACUACCAUUAUGCGUUAUCGCACGAAUUUUGUUUUCAAAUUUGUUAAUAAUCUGCAGUAACAUUUGAGAAAAUAGUUCACGAAGGGGCAAUAACUUACGGGUUAUUUUUAUUUGAAACAACAAGUCUAUUGAGCAGCAUGCUAUUUAUUUGCUGGUUAUACAACAUAUUGUAGCUGUCAGAGUACUCUGCUGCCGUGGUUUUUGAUCUAAGUCGAUUGACUAUGAACGAUAUAAUACCGUUAAAGUAAUUAAAUUACCAAUCCUUCUUAUAGUUAUUGUAAUGUUUGCAUAUGCCUGUAAAUUGAAAGUUGCCUUUGUCAGUAAAUCGUGAGUGAUUAUUGAUACAAUUGUCAGUUAUAUUCUAUUACAACAGAUCUAAAAAGAAGAAGUGAACUGAAAGGUGUAAUUAGAAAAUAGUUGUUGUAUUUGAUAUUCCAUUCCCUUAGUCAUGCCACGUAUCGGCUAAUGUAACAAUUGUUUUAUUCUAUGAAACUAAAAGAAACUAUUUCUUCUCAGUGAUCCACUAGCUCAUUAUGAUGCAUUAUAUGUUUGCUGAUAUGCGAGAGUAAUUUAUACGUGCACGUACAAAUAUUUUGUUGAUAUGUUUCUGACGAUCAGAAGCAAUCAUUUGCACUUGCAAAACCCGAGGUGAGAUUACUUUCUGUAGUAGCCCAGAGCUACCUGUAGUGGUUUUCCUCCACCAUCAAAAGCUGGCAAAAUGGCAAUAUGUACUAUAUUGCUUCGGUGUAACUGCAAAAAAACAUAUAUGGUUGGCUUUCGCAUGGCGGAAAAAUGGCAAGAACGCGUAAACUAGGUUAAAAUUCAUCCCGGGUGUGAAGGAAUAUAGUCCUAAAGCCUCUUGAAAUGAAUGUGCCGUUUUUAAAAAGACUUACGUUUCCGUCAAAUCACUGCCAGUAAUACGUUUUACAUACAAAAGUAUUCAAAAUCAUCGGAGUUAAUGAAUAGUCCAUAAAUGUUAACAUCCGAGUUCAACGACUGCACUAGCGGCCGUUUUCGACAGUCUUUUUUUCGACCAUGCCUAUUUAACGGCUAAUAUACUUUUUCAGGAAUAACGUAGAACCCGGAAACUUUACACAGGUGUUCCGAAAGGACUCAUCUGUUAAACCAGAUUAUAAAAGUUUCCACAGGUUGUUCAGAAACAAAACAAUUUGCGCAAAACUAUGGAUUUUUGCUCGAUUUUUUUCAAACUGAAGAAAUUGUUAGCGAAUAUCUCAAAACAUAACGAUCGUAUUUGGCCCAGAAAUUGUAAAUGUAAGCCAUGGUCAUUCCUUGACAAAACUGUCAAGUUGAUUUGCAAGAAUUUGCUUCGUUUUAAUAGAAAUAAAUGAAAAACUUUACCUACCGAUUUCCAGCUGGGUUACAUUUCCAGCUGGGUUACAUUUCCAGCGCUAGUCAGGAUAGCCGGUUAUCCAGUGUGUUAACCGGCCACUUUAAAAUCGAAAAUAGUUUUUCAGAGUAUUCACGCUUCCUUUGUAUUGUGUGUUGUUUUCGACCUGGCGGGGCGGGGUUAAUAUGUGCCUUACGGAAAUAAUUGUAAUCUAAAAAACGAGAAAUUGGUUAGAGCAAUAUCAUUGUUUAAUUCCGUAGUCUUUCGGUAACCAACGACAUAAUUUCAAUGCUACAUUGGCUGCAAUGUAAGGUAGAUGGCCACUGAAUAAGAAAUCAGACUUCCGAAUAUACUACAUAAUUAUAUCCUGCACAAUAAUGCAGUGGACCGUCGCGAAACCCCGUCCUGACAAGUCGAUUAAAUCGCGCAAUUGAUCAGUUGUAUUGUUUUAUUUAUUAUACCCUCAGAUACAGUAUCUUGGUGCUAUACUGGACUCCAGUCCGUACGUCGGUCGUUACGUCCGUCCGUCUGUAGACGAAAUUUGUCCGGCUAUUUCUCAGCAAUUAUUUGCCAGAUUUUUAUUAAACCUUGUAAUUAUUAUCAGUAUCAAGCCUAGUUGUGCAUGUUUGCAGCGGGUUCCAUUUGGAUGAUUUUGCACUAAGUUAUGGCCCUUUAUUGAUUUUUUUCUUUAUAUCUAUGUGGAAAAAUUCAGCGCUAUUUCUUUUAUCAAACUAUGUAAUUCUUAUUGGUACUAAGUCAAGUUGUGCUUGUGCAAAACACGUUCCAUUUAAAUGAUUUUUCACAUAGUUAUGGCUCUUUAUCAUUUUUCUUCAUAUGUAUAUGGAAACAAAUGUCGCAUUAUUUCUCAAUUAUUGCAUGCCAGACUUUUAUCAAACCUUGUUAUUAUUAUCAUCGGUACCAAGUGUAGUUGUGCAUAUGCAAAGCACGUUCCAUUUGAAUGAUAUUUCUCGAAGUUAUGUCCCUUUAUUUGUUUCAAAUAUGAGUAAAGUUACACUGGAAAAAUAUUCAAUAAUUUUCUAACAUAUUCAUUCGCUGUUGUCGACCCUUAGUGAUUACAUGGUCUCUUGACCAUGAUAUUUACCUACUGACCUACUUUCUUCUUUUUUAAGAUAUUGCCAUAAAAUUUAAAACACUUCUUCAGUUUUGAACAUACAUCUCAUAACAGACUUAAAGAGACCUUGAUUUUGACCUACUAACUUUAAGUGACCUUGAUUUUGGAAUCUGACGUUUGAUAAAUUUCAAAACAUAUUACUGCUGGCUUAAAUCGCUUUUAACAUGAAACUGCCAUCCUGUCACCACGACUUCAAGUCCCAAUCACUUUUAUGAUUUGUGGCAAGUUUCUAUUCGUUUCCUUGGCAAAACAAUCGGUUUUAUUGUCAUAUAUUUUGACCCUUUAUUAGUCCCCUAAUGGUUGAAAACCAGUUUCGGGGACUAUAGGAAUGCGCUUUUCAAAUGUUAAUAUGGCAAGAACAGGGUCUGUUUCGUGUCCGGUCCAUAACGCUGCCAUCCAUGAAUGUAUUUUAAUAUUACCUGGCACAAAUGUUCCCCAUGAUGAGAGACGUGUCGUGCGCAAAACCCGGACCCCUAGCUCAAAGGUCAAGGUCACAAUUGAAGGUCAAAUGUCAAUACGGUUUUUCCUGUCCAGUCCAGAACUCUGCCAUCCAUCAAGGGAUUUUAAUAUUACUUGGCAUGAAUGUUCCCCAUGAUGAAAUGACGUGUCAUGCCCAACACCCAGAACCCUAGCUUAAAGGUCAAGGUCACGCUUGGUGAUCAAAGGUUAAUGGGUCAAUGUUCUUGUCCGGUGUAUAACUUUGUCAUGAAUAACAGGAUUUGAAUAUUUCUUGGUACAAAUGUUCAGCAUUAUUAGAGGGAGUGUCAUGCACAAGAACCUGGUCCCUAGGUCGAAGGUCUAGGUCACACAUAGAUGCCAAAGGUCAGAUACAAGAAUGACUUUGUCUGGAACACUUCUUCAUGCAAGGAGGGAUUUUGAUGUAACUUAGCAGAAAUGUUCACUAUCAUGAGACAGAUUGUUAUGCGCAAGAACCAGGUCUCUAGGUCUAAGGUCAAGAUCACGCUUAGAGGUCAAAUGCCAAAUUCAGGAAUGACUUUGUCCGAAGCAUUUCUUUCUGCAUGUAGGGAUUUUGAUGAAACUUGGCAGAAAUAUUCACCACCAUCAGGCACUCUUUUUUAUGCCCCCCCCCCAUAAGUGGUGGGGGCAUAUAGAUUGAUUUGGUCUUGUCCAUGCAUCCGUCCGUCUGUCCGUCCGUCCGAAGUUCGUGACGCGCCUAGCUCGAAAAGUAUUUGAUAUAAAUUGAUGAAACCUUGCAUGAGUCUUAAUCAUGAUAUGAACUUGCGCACCUCCUAUUUUUCAUCUGGCUCCACCCCCUUUUUUCAGAGUUAUGGCCCCUGAAAUAGUCAAAAGUGCACAUUUUGAGCUUGUGACACGCCUAGCUAAAAAGUAUUUGAUAUAGAUUCAUGAAACCUUGCAUGAGUCUUAAUCAUGAUAUGAACUUGCGCACCUUCUAUUUUUCAUCUGGCUCCGCCCUCUAUUUUCAGAGUUAUGGCCCCUGAAAUAGUCAAAAAUGCACAUUUUCACCUUGUGACAUGCCUAGCUCAAAAAGUAUUUGAUAUAGAUUCAUGAAACCUUGCUUGAGUCUUAAUCAUGAUAUGAACUUGCGCACCUCCUAGUUUUCAUCUGGCUCCACCCCCUAUUUUCAGUGUUAUGGCCCCUGAAAUAGUCAAAAAUAAACAUUUUCAGCUUGUGACACGCCUAGCUCAAAAAGUAUGUGAUAUAGAUUCAUGAAACCUUGCAUGAGUCUUAAUCAUGAUAUGAACUUGCGCACCUUUUAGUUUUCAUUUUGGUCUGCCCCCAAUUUUCAGAGUUAUGGCCCCUGAAGUAGUCAAAAAUGCACAUUUUCACCUUCUGACAUGCCUAGCUCAAAAAGUAUUUGAUAUAGAUUCAUGAAACCUUGCAUGAGUCUUAAUCAUGAUAUGAACUUGUGCACCUUCUAUUUUUCAUUUGGGUCCGCCCCCUGUUUUUAGAGUUAUGGCCCCUGAAAUAGGCAAAAAUGUACAUUUUCACCUUGUGACACACCUAGCUCAAAAAGCAGUUAAUAUAAAUGGUUAAAACUCGCAGAAGUCUUUAUCAUGAUAUAAACUUGCACACCUCUAAUUUUUUGGCUGGCUCCACCCCUUAUUUUUAAAGUUAUGGCCCCUGAAAUAGUAAAAAAUGCACUUUUUCACCUAAUUAUAUACCUAGCUCAAAAAGUAUUUGAUGUAAAUUCAGGAAACCUUGCUGGAGUCUUUAUCGUGAUGUGACCUUGCACACUUGGCAUUCUUCUUGAGAAUCUUAGCUCUUAUUACAGAGUUAUGGCUCUUGAAAUAGCCAAAACAGUGGAUUUUUUGUUUGUGAUGCUCAUAGCUCAAAAAGUAUAGCGCCUAGAAUAAUCAAUCCUUUUCAUAAAAUGUUUGUUGAGGCUAUACCCCAUUAAGACUGCAAACAUUUGAAUUAUUGCCACUUAUUUGUGACAAAUGUACCAGUGGGGGCACACCCUGUGUCCUACAGACACAUUCUAGUUUAGAAUUAUGUCCCUUUGUAUUACUUUGAGUUGCUUAUAUUGUAACGUACUUAUUACAGGCUGUAGGGACAAAGCGAGACCAGUUUUCUGUGGUACAACAUGCAUGUUACAUCCAAUUUUUAGGUGUAUAUUGACCUAUCUUGCCUGGUAAAGAAUUUUGUGAGGACUUAUAUGGAUUUUUUAAUGUUACCUUUUUGAUAAUCGGCCAGAAAUGUUUUAUAAAAAUAACUAUAGGGUUUUAUAUAUACAAAUUUUAACCUAAGUUUUGUUUAUAACAUACUGUAUAUUUAGUACAAUAUUGUUUAUACAUCAUUGACAGAAAUCAGAUCAUUAUGUUAUACUACAGAGGAAAAAAAAUGCCUUCCAGUAUGGGACUUUAUAUUGCAAUACUUCAUUCACUUGUUUUAAAAGAGCCUUUGCAUAGCCGAGUUUGUCAAAGGCCUCGUUAUAAAAUAGGGUUAUUAUAACAGUAGCUUGAUCUGGGAUGCAGUAUUCGGCUCGAGUGGAUUUUGCCAGAUCGGAUCUCACGAGGCGCGCAAAAUCCACGAGAGCCGUAUACAAAGUCCCAGAUCUAGCUACUGUUAUAAUGACCCUUUUAUUAUAUACCUUUACCAUUUUGAUUCUUGUUUCGUUCUUGAACGAAAUCUUCAAUGUUUAUUGAUAUUAAAUGGACCUAAGUGAAGUUUCUAUGUGCGUUAUUUAUAGAAAUGUGUCGGGUCAUGCAUAUUAAUGUAAAUAGUCCGGCAGCAUACAAUACGGAAGGUACAAUACGGAAUUUAAAAGGUACAAUACGGAAUUUUUGUCUGUCUGUUCAUAUUUGAUUGUGAAAUACAAGCCGAUUUCCUACAGAAUGUAUAUAGGUAUAUAAUAACAGGAAUUAUGUGAUCAUUUCUUUCCAUCAUCAGUAAUUCAUAUUUAGCUAGCAGCUAUUUAGUAUUCAUCUGACAGUAGACACGGAACGUAAUUUGUCUCAAGAAUUAUUUGAAAUUUGAUAACUGCUCUCUAGAAGUGGAACCCACUGAUUUACAUUCAUGGCACCAUUGAAUAGGACUGAAAGCUGAACACAAAAUAUUCAAAAUUAUCGCCAUUAUGUUUAUUUUACGCCAUUUUCUCCUCUGCAGUGACCGUGAUAUUAUCAUUUUUUAAUAAAAACACUAAGGCGUAGAUAAUGUCAUGUCUAUCGUCAUGGACCGAAGCUUAAAAAACGAAAUUAAGCAGAGUUUUCGAAUUGUCUUGAUCACUAUGUCUGCCAAUGAUGCAAUUUUGGACUAUUUGUUCUGUGUCCUGUCGGAAUGUCAAUAUAAAAGGUGUUUUACUCGUGCCUAGUUAUGUAUUACUAAGAAAUACUGAUCUGACCAUCUUAUCCUCCAUUUGGCAAAUAUCUGACUGGACAUUACUGAAAAUACAUCUUUGUAAUUUAGCACACAUUUAAAGGUUCUUAGUUUGUUUGUUUGUUUUGGGUUUAACGCCGUUUUUCAACAGUAUUUCAGUCAUAUAACGACGGACAGUUAACCUAACCAGUGUUCCUGGAUUCUGUACCAGUACAAACCUGUUCUCCGCAAGUAACUGCCAACUUCCCCACAUGAAUCAGAGGUGGAGGACUAAUGAUUUCAGACACAAUGUCGUUUUAUCAAAUAGUCACGGAGAACAUACGCCCCGCCCGAGGAUCGAACUCGCGACCCCGCGAUCCGUAGACCGACGCUUUACCUACUGAGCUAAGCGGGCGAGCUAAAGGUUCUUAGUAUCAGAUUUUGGUCAUGCUAUAGAUUUGUUUGAAACGCUUGGCAGGAGUAACUCUUAAAAUUGAUUUUAACCAAGAUAAACUUAUUUAAGCUUAAAUAUUAAGAUUUCAAGAAUAUCAAACUACGCAAAGCUGUUUUCAUUUUGAAAUACACAGCCAGAAUAAAAUGUAUAGGAUGAUCCUUUUGAUUUUGUUGGAUUUAACGUCUAUCGGCAGAAUAAUGCGUCAUAUAGCGACUG